GGGUCUUCUAGCACCUUGAGUCACGCCUCCUUGGCGAGAAGGCGCCUCGCCUUUGAUUGCUUGCAGUUACUGCAGAAACUUCCUGCCCUGGUGGAGACGCGGGUGUGGUGCUCGCUCCAGGCUUAAGGCGUGAGACUGAGUUCACUGGGUCUUUGGUCCCCGAACCAGGAAGGGUUGAGGGAACAGAGUCUUCGAGCCCUCUGCGCCCCACGUGACGGGUCCGGUGUUGGGCUCCUUCUUACCCCUUCAUUCGCAUCCCUCCGGGCUUUGCGCCUCCCCGGAACACCUCGCCGGGAGAUGGCCGCGUUAAUGCGGGGCAAGGAUUCGUCCCGCUGCCUACUCCUACUGGCCGCGGUGCUGAUGGUGGAGAGCUCACAGCUCGGCAGCUCGCGGACCAAACUCAACUCUAUCAAGUCCUCUCUGGGCGGGGAGACGCCUGCCCAGGCCGCCAAUCGAUCUGCGGGCAUAUACCAAGGACUGGCUUUCGGCGGCAGUAAGAAGGGCAAAAACCUGGGGCAGGCCUAUCCUUGUAGCAGUGAUAAGGAAUGUGAAGUUGGGAGAUACUGCCACAGUCCUCACCAAGGGUCAUCAGCCUGCAUGGCAUGUCGGAGGAAAAAGAAGCGCUGUCAUAGAGAUGGCAUGUGUUGCCCUGGUAACCGCUGCAAUAAUGGCAUCUGCAUCCCGGUCACUGAGAGCAUCUUAACCCCUCACAUCCCAGCUCUGGAUGGCACUAGGCAUAGAGACCGAGGCCAUGGUCAUUAUUCAAACCAUGAUUUGGGAUGGCAGAAUCUCGGAAGACCACACACCAAGAUGUCACAUAUAAAAGGGCAUGAAGGAGACCCCUGCCUGCGAUCAUCAGACUGCAUUGAAGGGUUCUGCUGUGCUCGUCACUUCUGGACCAAAAUCUGCAAACCAGUGCUCCAUCAGGGCGAAGUCUGUACCAAACAGCGCAAGAAGGGCUCUCAUGGGCUGGAAAUUUUCCAGCGGUGUGACUGUGCAAAAGGCUUGUCUUGCAAAGUGUGGAAGGAUGCCACCUACUCUUCCAAAGCCAGACUCCACGUGUGUCAGAAAAUCUGAUCACCAGUGAGGAGAAUCACCACUAGAGACUGUGAAUUCAUGUAUUUAACGCAUUAUGGCAUGGUGGAAAAUAAAGUUUGGAAUGCAUAAGAAUGGUGUAGAUGAUGAAGGUGAUAAGAAUAUAGACCACAGAAAGAAAGAAAGAAAGGAGGACUGAAUGAAUUGGAAGGGUGUCAAACUCAGCGCAACCAG